CGGUCACCACGACCUUCGGUUAUGUGACCUUGCGUCUCUGUGUACUGCUGGUGUACCGGAUUUUUUCCUACUAUGGUUUUCUUCUACAGAUGCGAACUUGUAAACCCCGCAUACAUAAUUUAUAUGGGGGCAGAUAAAAACGAAAACGAAGAACUUAUACGUUGGGGCUGGCCAGAGGACGUGUGGUUUCACGUAGACAAAUUAUCAUCAGCACAUGUCUAUUUGAGACUACGGGAGGGCGAAACUUUGGACGACGUACCGAGCGUUGUGAUUAACGACUGUGCUCAACUCGUCAAGGAAAACAGCAUACAGGGUUGCAAGCUCAAUGAUGUUGAUGUGAUAUACACAAUGUGGGAGAAUUUGAAGAAGACCGGUGAUAUGGCUGUGGGUCAAGUUGGCUUUCACGAUCCGAAACUUACACGUAAACUCACUGUAGAAAAACGGAUAAGUGAGAUUAUAAGAAGGCUAGAGAAAACCAAGGAGGAACGGCCCAACUUUGACCUUAGAGCGGAACGUGAAGAACGCGAUCAGAGAAUGCGAGCCAAAGAGAAAGCUGCCCAGGCUGCUCGUAAAAAGGCUGAACGCGAGGCUCAAAAGUUGAAGGAGGCGGAGGCAGAGCGACGGUCGUACGAUCGGUUGUUUGUAGAAAGCAAAAUGCGGACCAAUGAAGACGGAUACGAUUCAGAUGAUUUUAUGUAAUUUGAUACGAUGACUUCAGCUUUUGUUCUUGUGCUCAUUUUUCUCACAGCAAAGAAACACUAAAGCGUUCUUUUUGACUUUUAUUUUCGUUUCCUUUUUGCUUGGUCCUUGCACCAUCCAAUCAAGUUCGUUUCACAUGACCGAGGCACGUGCCGGGGACAGCAUCACAGUGUGUAACGUAAAUGAGCUACCGCGGAGCUAGCAAGACAAAUCUAAUGUACACAGGCAGUCACCUUCGCUUGGGAAAUUUUAAUUUCGAUAUAAAUGCCUUCUCAUUACUUU